AUGGGUGUGCCGGAUAAUGGCCCUGUAAUUGCUGGAGUAACGUGGAUGUUGACGAUAUUGAGUGGUGGGUUUCUGGCUUUGAGAUUCUAUGCGAAGUUAUCGAGGAAGCAAGGGCUUUGGUGGGAUGAUCACAUCCUGACUGUCUCAUGGGUCCUCCUUCUCGCGCAGGCUAUCAUCACACAAGUUGGACAACAAAUGGGAUUCGGAAAACGACUGGAAGAUGUCAACCCCAAAUACCUCAUGACCAUCGCAGUCGGAAUGUCCGUCGCCGCAUCGAUAUCCUGCUUCGCCUCCACGCUUUCAAAGAUAUCCUUCGGCGUCACUCUCCUCCGCCUCACCUCCGGUUACCUACGCGGGUUCGUAUGGUUCUGCAUCGUGACCCUCUUCCUCAUAAUGCUGCCAAGUGCGCUGGCUACAUGGGUCCAGUGCCAGCCCAUGGCGAAAGCUUGGAACAAAGAUCUCCCCGGAACAUGCUGGGACUCCAGCCACUCAAUCGACUAUGGUAUCUUCAACGCUGCAUGGUGCGCUGCGGCAGACUUUGCGCUAGCACUACUUCCAUGGUAUCUCAUAUGGGGAUUACAACUGAAGCUCCGCGAGAAGAUCGGAGUGGGCAUCGCCAUGAGCAUGGGUGUAUUAUCCGGUGUCUGCGCCAUAGUAAAAGGCGUCUACGUAAUCCAACUCGGCCAAAAAGACUUCUCCUACAACGGCAAAGAACUCACCAUUUGGACCGGCGUCGAAACCGCAACCGCCAUCAUCGCCGCUUCCAUCCCUGUCCUCCGCGUUUUCUUCAAAGAAACUAUAUCUUCUUACUCGCGCUCGCAUACCAAAACCAACCAAAGCGUCCCCUUGUCCCGAUUGAACCAAAGCCAACACUCUACAACAACCACGACUGUGCAUGCGAUGGGCAAAGGCAAGGAGGGCCGUUGGACGGUGAUUGAGGAUCAAGGAGAUGAUUGGAGUCAGAGGGGUAUUUUGGAGGAUGAAGAGGUGGGGAGGAGUCGACGGGGGACGGUGUAUGAGGAGGAUCAGAUUAUGACGACGAAUACGGUUACGGUUACGAUUGAGAGUGAUGCGAGAUCGUUGUCUGAUCAGAAGGCUAGGUCGUUUUUAGGAAUAGCGCAUUGA